AUGCCGGAUCGAUCUUCGCAUGCUGACACUGUUGCUUUGUUCCCAUCGCUCGGUACAGUCGGUUUGACUAUAAAUACGGCACCAUCCAAACCGUGUUAGAUACAUCCGCACACCAACCGGCCAAGCGAUCACAUCAUCCGCCGGAAGAGAAGCUCUCCAUAGUCCUAGGCAAAAUGUUUCGCUUCGUGUUUACGUUAUUGAUGUUGGCGUUGGCCGUUGCCAUGCCGUACCCUGAAGAUGAGGCUCCCCUCCUUGUCUCACCGGAGGUGCUGGAUGCUGUGGCACCUGUGGACGAGCUGGCCGCACCAUCCGAAUUGGCUGAAGGUGAAAAGGUUGACGAGCGUUAUCGUCCCAAUUACGGUCACCAAGCAAGUCAAUCACAGAGCAGUACAGUUUACCAAGAACAGAGCAGCAGCCAUCAACAGCAAAGUAGCAGUCUUACCACGCACCACCAACAGCUUGGCCACCAAAACCAUGCCAACAACGCUGCUGGUGAAUAUGGCGGAAGUGGUUACCAUACUCCGAGAGCCAAUGCCGGAUACGGCCAAAACAUCAACUAUGGUCAGAGCGGUUACGGCAACACCGGCUACGCCAACAUUGGCUCCAGCAACACUGGCUUCGGCAACACUGGCUUCGGCAACACCGGCUACGGCAGCACCGGCUAUGGUACGGGAUCCGGAAUAAACACGGGAUAACGGAUCGAACGCAGGUUAUGGAAUCAAUACCGGCCAUGGAACGAACACUGGAUACGGAAGCAACACUGGAUACGGAACUAACACUGGAUAUGGAACAAAUACUGGGUACGGCACAAACAUUGGAAUCAAUGCUG